AUCCUGCAUCCCCUCUGCCUGGCAGUACCUUAAGUGUGCGCUGGGAAAAGGGCGCCCUGCUUCUCUGAAUGCGUGGUGGACUUCUUCAUGGGUGCACAUGGUACACUGCUAGUUGCUGGUAUUCAACCUUCCAGUGUGGAUUAAUGAAAAAAGACCCGUUAUUCUGUACCGCUUCACGUUUUAGAUCGUUAACCCUACGGAUUUCUUAAAUGUCAUAGUUCAGGUACUUAUUACACCAUUCUUUGGCGAAGGCUAUUCAGCAGUGGUGACCUCUUCCAAUCCAACACUCUACAAAUUAUUAUCUCUGGAUUCCCAGCUGACACCCUGCCGGAGGCAAGAGCUACUAAGCCAACUGGAACUGUGCCUUUUCUCUUGUCAAGGUUUUUUUCUUACACAGGAAAAAGAAAGAAAAAAAAAAGAUGAAGUUGGGCAAAGUGGAGUUCUGCCAUUUUCUUCAGCUAAUAGCUCUUUUCCUGUGUUUUUCUGGGAUGAGUCAAGCAGAACUCUCAAGGUCCAGAUCAAAGCCCUAUUUCCAAUCAGGGAAGUCCCGGACCAAGCGCAGCUGGGUGUGGAAUCAGUUCUUUGUGCUGGAGGAAUACAUGGGUUCAGACCCCCUCUAUGUAGGAAAGCUUCACUCUGAUGUUGAUAAAGGAGAUGGUUCCAUCAAAUACAUCUUGUCAGGCGAAGGGGCAAGUUCCAUUUUCAUUAUUGAUGAGAACACUGGGGAUAUUCACGCCACCAAGAGACUGGAUCGUGAGGAGCAGGCCUACUACACGCUCCGAGCUCAAGCACUGGACAGGCUCACCAACAAACCUGUGGAGCCCGAGUCGGAGUUUGUCAUCAAAAUUCAAGAUAUCAAUGACAAUGAACCCAAAUUUUUGGAUGGCCCAUACACGGCAGGAGUUCCCGAAAUGUCUCCCGUGGGGACCUCAGUGGUACAAGUGACAGCGACGGAUGCUGAUGAUCCUACGUAUGGCAACAGUGCCAGAGUGGUCUACAGUAUUCUGCAAGGACAGCCAUACUUCUCAGUGGAGCCAAAAACAGGAGUCAUCAAGACUGCCCUUCCAAACAUGGAUAGAGAGGCUAAAGACCAGUAUUUGCUUGUUAUUCAGGCAAAGGAUAUGGUUGGUCAAAAUGGAGGACUGUCAGGAACUACAUCAGUCACUGUGACCCUAACUGAUGUCAACGAUAAUCCACCUCGCUUUCCUCGAAGGUCUUAUCAAUAUAACGUCCCAGAAUCAUUACCUGUAGCCUCAGUUGUGGCCAGAAUUAAAGCUGCUGAUGCAGAUAUUGGAGCUAAUGCUGAAAUGGAGUACAAGAUUGUGGAUGGUGAUGGUUUGGGCAUUUUUAAGAUUUCUGUUGACAAAGAAACCCAGGAAGGAAUCAUUACUAUACAGAAGGAGCUGGAUUUUGAAGCCAAAACAAGUUACACGCUACGGAUAGAAGCUGCAAAUAAAGAUGCCGACCCUCGCUUUCUAAGCUUGGGUCCAUUCAGCGACACGACAACCGUGAAGAUAAUUGUGGAAGAUGUGGAUGAGCCCCCUGUGUUCUCUUCACCCUUGUACCCUAUGGAGGUGUCAGAAGCUACCCAGGUUGGGAAUAUCAUUGGCACUGUAGCAGCUCAUGACCCAGAUUCUUCCAAUAGCCCUGUGAGGUACUCAAUUGACAGAAACACAGACUUGGAGAGAUACUUCAAUAUUGAUGCCAACAGUGGGGUCAUCACAACUGCCAAGUCUUUGGAUCGAGAGACAAAUGCUAUUCACAAUAUCACAGUCCUUGCAAUGGAGAGCCAGAAUCCAUCUCAAGUAGGAAGAGGCUAUGUGGCCAUCACUAUACUUGACAUCAAUGAUAAUGCCCCUGAAUUUGCCAUGGACUAUGAGACCACCGUCUGUGAAAAUGCCCAGCCAGGGCAGGUUAUCCAGAAAAUCAGUGCUGUUGAUAAAGAUGAGCCAUCCAAUGGACACCAGUUUUACUUCAGCUUAACAACGGAUGCAACAAAUAACCACAACUUUUCAUUGAAAGAUAACAAAGACAACACAGCCUCAAUACUAACCAGGAGAAACGGCUUCCGGAGACAGGAACAAUCAGUUUAUUAUCUGCCAAUUUUCAUUGUGGACAGUGGCUCUCCUUCACUUAGCAGCACCAACACCCUCACCAUCCGCGUGUGUGACUGUGAUGCUGACGGCGUAGCCCAGACCUGCAAUGCAGAGGCUUAUGUCUUACCUGCUGGCCUCAGUACAGGAGCCCUGAUAGCAAUACUCGCCUGUGUCUUGACAUUAUUGGUGUUGAUCCUCCUUAUUAUCACUAUGAGAAGACGGAAAAAAGAGCCCCUUAUUUUUGACGAAGAAAGAGACAUCAGAGAAAAUAUUGUGAGAUAUGAUGAUGAGGGCGGGGGAGAGGAGGACACAGAAGCUUUUGACAUGGCUGCACUGAGAAACCUCAACGUCAUCCGAGACACCAAGACCCGGAGGGAUGUGACUCCAGAAAUUCAAUUCCUGAGUCGACCAGCUUUUAAAAGUAUCCCAGAUAAUGUCAUCUUUAGGGAAUUUAUUUGGGAAAGAUUAAAAGAAGCCGAUGUUGAUCCUGGUGCUCCUCCUUAUGACUCCCUCCAGACAUAUGCUUUUGAAGGAAAUGGCUCAGUUGCUGAAUCACUUAGCUCUUUAGAUUCCAUCAGCUCAAACUCUGAUCAGAACUAUGACUACCUAAGUGACUGGGGACCUCGCUUUAAACGACUCGCGGACAUGUAUGGGACUGGCCAAGAGAGUUUGUACUCAUAGCCUUGGAACCUUAAUUUGAAAUGUACUGAAGAAAAAGUAACAGCAAAAAAUAAAAUAAAAUAGAAUAAUAAACCACUACAUACAGAAAACAAGAACUCCACUUGCUGGAGACAGAUGGUUGUAAAUAUUUCUCCAUUUUUAAUUGUUUAGAUUUCUGCCUUGGUGAGGCAUAUCUUCAUUAGACUUAUCUAAGGGACUGCACUGACCACAGACUGAGCAUUUGAAGGUGUUUUGAUGAAAAUAAGUGCUCAGUGGUUUGUGAAUAGAUAGCAACUCUCAUAUACCUGCAAAGGCACCAAACCUCUAUGAGAAAGUAGUGCCCUGUGUUGUCAGUGAGUCAGAGAUGCCCUGUACAUACCUUCAUGGUACUGUCAUUGAGAGGAAUAGAACAUGAUGAGCUAUUGAAAAACCCUGGAACUUCUUGAAUAUCAAAACUUGGGACAAAUUUAAUUUACAGAGAUGCUUAUAGCUUACUAUAUUAUAGAAUCCAACAGAAUUAUAUUGCUCUUGAUUAACAGACAUAUUUUAUUUAGGAAUAUAUAAAUUCUCAGAAAUUCCUUCCUAACUGAAAACCCUACCACAAAGCCAAUAAAAUUUAGUUUAAGGCAAUAUAAACCAUUGUUUAUCCAAUAAAUUAUAAAGUGUUCCAAAUAAGAAAAAGGUAAAUAAUUUGAUAAUUUUGAGAUGCUUGUGUAGGUAUGAUCAAAAAAAAGUUGCUGUCUAUUCAUUGAUUUUUAUUACCUCUUCUGAUUUGUACAGGAGAAUUUCUUUUUUAUUUGACACAUGGUGUUGUAUUUAUUUUGGAGCUCCAAUCUCCACUAAAUUCAGGUCCAUCAUACUGCCUCAUAGUAUUAAACUCAUCAGAACAUGCUGAUUUUUCUCCAGCCCGAGCUACAUGAAGGAAAUGAAGCAUGGAAAUGGAGAAAUAAUAGUAAAGCAAUUGAGCCCUGUUGCAGUUCACAUCUCAAAGAGGAGCACAGCUACAAGGACAUAUAACUUGUUCUUCUGAGCCAUUAGAAUGUCAAAACAUUGAAAUAAAAUAUUUGUAUUUUAGAACGACUUCAGAGGGAAUGGAGAUUUUCUUUGAUGCAAGAAUUAUUUUUCAAUAUCAUGAGUUCUACAUGCUCCAAAGACUUUCGAGAACACAGCCUUUCUUGCUGCAAACAUAUUGAGUAAAAUAUUGAGCUUUUAAAAGUCUUAAUAUAAUGUUAUAAAAAUUAAAAUCCGUCUUCAAAUUCUGAUGCAAAUAUGUCCCUCAAGAAUUAAGCAAUGUAUGAUUUCUGUGUGGUUUAGAUGUGCCAAAGGAAGGAAGGCAAUUGCAAGUCAUCAUGUGUUUGAGUUGAGCUUCUUACAGUAUGACUUUCAUGACCAAAAUGAUGUUCCUACCUAUUAUUUUUCCUAGAUUAAUACUAGUCUAAUGUGCAUAUAUAUUCAAGUAAGAAUGGAUUUAUUUUUUUCUUCCUUUCUCCUUUUAAAAAUAAUUCAUUGUUGGGUUCCUAAUACAUUUACAGAUAGUAAACACUGUGUAGAGAAUCAUGUUCUAAAAGUGCUUUUUGAAAGGUAGACAGUGGAAUUAGAAUAUUAAUAUGUUGAUUACACAAAGAAGAACUAUGUAGGAUUCUGUAAACUUGCAGCCAAACUUUAGAAAUGAAGUAUGUAAAAGUGGCCUUCAACUUCAUAAAUAUAAAUAAUCCAAUAAAUUUGAUUACCUGCAAACAGUUCUUUAAUUUGAAUAGAAUUUUGUAGAUAUUGUUUUAUGACUAUAUAGAUAUGCUUCUUGCUGUAUUAAUAUGCGUAUAUAUUUUAAAAAAUUAUAAUAGUGAAAGAUACUGUUCAUAACUUUUAAUCACACAUGCAAGUUUUUCAAACUAAAAAAAAACAAAAAAAACAAAAACAAACAACAACAACAACAAAAAAACAAAAAAACAGUGUAUUUACCCAGUUCAAUAAAAUCAGAGUGUGGUGCAGGAAUUACAUAGAUAUUAAGUCAGCAAGGUGCUGAGAAAACAGUUUGUAAUAAUCCCCUUGUUGUCUGCAAGAAGAAGAAAUAGUUUAGUACAUUUGGAUUAUGUUGUCAAAACUGCUGAUUUUUGCACAUACCACUAAACGGAGGUGUGGAUGUAUUUUAGAAAAGGAACACACAUCAUUCACUCUGCUUUUUCUGCUUUAAAAAUGUGUGUUUUUUCUCAUUAUUUUCUUCAAAUGGUUACCAAUGAUAGAUUGGAAAAAGAAAGGUUCACAUUUAAAUAAUAAUUUAAAAUUAUUGCAUAUACCCAAUUGCUAUUUAUGUGUGGAUGAUUAUAUCAAUACAGUAUUACAUUUCAUUCAGUGGUUUUUUUUUUAAUUAAAAAAAUUUCUUGAGAUGGCUGGAAGAAUGUUCCUAAUAUAGGUAGUAUUUAUAUGAAGUAUUCUAAGCUUAAUUGUAAUAGUAGUAAAUUUUUUGCCAUUGCUUAUUUUAGUUUUCUUUUUUCUUCUGAAAUCUAAUGCUAUAUAUGAUGACUGACAAUACUUGAGAUAUAGGCUUUGUUUCAAAAACAGAGAUUGAAGAGUUGAUUGAUAAAAUUAAUAUUAAAUCUAGUUGGCAAAUUCUCCAAAUAUCAUUUAAAUAAAUAUAUAUUAUCAAGUUGCUUAAAUUCAGUAUUAUACUGAAACCAACUAGAAUGAGCUCACAAGAACUAAUUCUGCAUAUCUCUUCCCAACUCCAGGUACAGUGAUAUCAUUUUGGUAGGUUGAUGUCAGCCUUGGUGGGAUUAUUUAGACCACAACAGUAAUCAGCAAACACUACCCUUUUCUCUGGAGAACAAGUUGUUAAACAUUUACCAGCACUCUACUGCUUAAAUUAUUUUAUAAAAGGAAAUGUCAUAAUUGUAAAUAUAGUAUGAAUUUAUAUGGUUUAAAAUAAUGACAUGUAAGGAAUUUAUGCCAUAUUUUACUACUAAAUAUCAAUGUAUGUGGUAGUGAUUUCCUGAUGUGAAAUCCUUGGAGCUACUUGUAGACAGGGAGAGGAUUCACUUCUUUAUGGAAAACAAUGGCUAAAUUUCAAGUAGAGAUAAUAGUUCAGGAAGUCAAUACAUUUAAUUAUUUUCCACUUGUCCAUACAGGAGCAUCAAUAGAAACUCAGGGUGUGCCAAAUUAUGCCCAUUUUGAACAGUUUAAUUUAUUGAAAAAUCAGAUGCAUUUUACUUGUUACUGUCUAUGUCAAGGAAAUACACCCAAGCCUUUAAUCUGAAUUGUCACCAUUGCAUUAUUAAAAAUCAACAUAAAAAUAUAAAAAUCAAAUCUUAAGAAAAUGGAUUUCUGGAGAUCAAGCUUAAAUUAUCAGUCUCAGUUCACAAAUUAGUCUGUUAAAGAAAUAUUCCAAGAUCAGCCAGCUAAAGAACAAAAUCAGGAAAGAGACAUCAAGAAAAAAUUGGGUAGUAAUUUGCAGGCAAUAAGUAGAUUUUUGAUUUUUCUACAAGCAAUCACCAGAUCUGGGAUCUGGUAAAUAUCUUUAUUUGCCAGGAAGCUCUGCUGAUGACUACAAUGAGGUUAGUUGUCUACAAGAUAGACGCAGGAGGUAGUAGUGGUUAAGUAAUGGUAGCUGCCUUUUCACUCUGCCCUCUGAGGAAGUUUUAAAUUACUUUAUCUUCAUGCACAAUUACAUUUACUACAUUGGACGAUAAACAGACAUAGGCAAUUAUUUUCAUGUCAACGGCAUAGUUACACAAUGUAGGAAUGAUAUUUAUGAUGUGACCCACAUGCCCAAGAAACGCAAAUGCAAAUAGUGUAAGCAUUUAUAUUGAAAUAUAAAAUCUAAAGCAGCUUAAAAUAAACUAAGCUAAACUGCAAAAAGCUAAAUGAUUUAGUUUAAACAUGUUAAAGUUUUAAAGCACUAGCUGUAAAUAUUAAUCUUCAGAUUUUCAAUUUAACAUGUAUUCACUUACAAACUGUUCUAAUAAUAACCCUAAUUAUUUUCCAAGUCACCAUUUAAAGUUUUAUUUACAGUUGACCUAAUCAAAUUAAAGUUGAUGUAAGCUUCAACUUAUUUUUUAACUCUUUCUGGUCCACGAUGCCUGGAGGCAAGUGAAAUAUAUAUGACAAAUAAUAGAUAAGCCAAUUUAUUUUCUGUUAGUGUGUGUUUAUUUUUUAAUUAUGAUUAAUGUAUAUUGUGUGUAUAUAUGACGGUGUAUGAAAGUUGGCAAUGAAAGCUAAUAUAAUCAUGUUAGUUGGUUGGCUGGAUAUAAUAAACAACAAGAAAGGAAUAAUAGUAUUUGCAUUUUAAAUGUAAUUGAAAUUAUUUCAGAAGAGUGGGAUAAGCCCUUAAGAAAAAUGGGAGAUGUUUAAGGCUGUGAUUUGGCAGACAUUGUAACGUAUAAUUCUGUGGGAAAUUUUUCAAGCAAAUCAAGACAGGCAGUGUGUGUUGCAUUCUGACACUUUUGCAUUGUUGUGCUAACUUCUACUGGCUUAGAAUGUAACUGAAAAGGAUGUGUGCCUGUGUGUGUGUGUGUAUUUUGUUGUUGUUGUUGUUGUUUUGUUUUGUUUUGUUUUACGCCGAGUCUUGCUCUGUCGCCCAGGCUGGGGUGCAGUGGCGCGAUCUCCGAUCACUGCAAGCUCCGCCUCCAGGGUUCACGCCGUUCUGCCUCAACCUCCGGAGUAGCUGGGACUACAGGCGCCUGCCACCGCGCCCCGCUAAUUUUUUUGUAUUUUUAGUAGAGGCGGGGUUUCACCGUGGUCUCGAUCUCCUGAUCUCUUGAUCCGCCCGCCUCGGCCUCCCAAAGUGCUGGGAUUACAGGCGUGAGCCACCGCGCCCGGCCGUGUGUGUGUGUUUUUAUGUGUGUGAUUGGGAACCUUGAGAGAUUUAUAUGAAGCAAUGUAAAAAUAAGAGUCUCAUAAUUCCUGGUUAAUGCUGGCAUAUUGUUGUCACCUGCCAAGCGACUGUUAGGCAAUAAGACUAGAAAAUAUGGUACCGAAUGAAAGGAGAAAUAUCUUAUUUGCUGUAACAAUCUAAUUUAUAUUAAGGUAAGGAUUUUGGUGGCUAAGGAAAGAACAUUUAGCUGAAUUAUUUGUAUAAUUGUCACGUAUUAUUGUGCAGAUUUAAUCUCAUUGUUAACACAGAAUAUAGAGUGUGAAUUAUUUGUUAUUAAAUGUUACUGGGCUUUGGUGUCAGUGUGGUAUACCAGAAAUUACCUCUGGUCUGUGGUUAUAAAAUCUAGUUCAGAAGCUCAGUUUCGCCACAUUUUUGCUGUGCCCUAGAUGCCAUUUUGAUUUUCUGAACUUUUAUAGCUUCAUGAUUAAAAUUGAGUUAAUUAUUAUCCUGUUUCAGAGGCUUAUGAAUGAUUAAGUGAAAGACUGUGUAAACUGUAAAACCCUAUAAAAAGAUAAAGUUUUAUUAUGGGAAUUAUGUAAAAAGGUUGAUAAUUGUUAUGUGGUAAACGGAGAAUUUCUGUUUGGAGAUAUAUACAUAAAGGAAAAAUACAUGCAACUUGGUAUCCUAAAUUGGGAAAUAAUAUUCAAAUAGAUAAUUGUCAUAAUUAAUUGAAGCCGCUCAAAUACAGUCAUAAGAUCUUAAAAGAUUGAAGUUUAACUCAACAUAAUUCAACCAUUCAUAUGAAUUAAUGAUAUCCAUAUGUGAAUGGGAUUACAAAUAAAGAACAAAUCUUUCCUACUUAAGAUGAUAACUGAGUGAAAGAUAAAGACCUGCCUUUAGAUGAUCCCACCCUCAUCGCUGAACACAAAACACCAGAAUAGAGAAAAAGACAAUAAUGGGUAUAAGUUAAGUGGUCUUCCAGCCAUCCAGAGUAGAUAAAGAAAAUGAAGUUCUAGAGGAUACAAUACUUUUUAAAGUCACGAUGACAUAUGUGUAAUUAAUAAUUUAUACACUUGAAAAAAUUAGAUGCAAUGAUAUUGACUUAACAUGAAAACCAUCCUGAAUGCAAUGCACUCUUGAUGACUCAAACUCACUUAUAUCUUACAACAGCUCAUCUUAAUCUCUUAUAAAUGAAGAAACUCUAGGAAACUAAAAAAUAAUAUACAAUGGAUAUUACUUUUUGUCAGUGAUGCCAAGAUGAAUGUUAAUAAGCUCUCUUCUCAACUUUAGCUCUUAGCUAUCUGGUUAUUUUAUGCUCAUGUGAACAGAUACUAGAAACAAAUAUAUUAAUAACUAUGUAACCAAUGAGAAUGUUGAGAAGUACAGCAUACUUUCAUUCAAAAACAAACUUGCAUUUUCAUUUUAUUAAUGAAUAUAAUUAUGCUAAUGGUUUAUAUUUUAUAAGCAGGAAAAAAUUAUAUGAUUCACUACCCUACAGCUUCAUGUUCUAUUUUUGUGAGUAUAAAUGCUAUGUGUUUGUAUAUCAAGAUCUGGAAUAUGUUGUAUAUUGUAUAUGACCAAUACUUUAAGAACAAUCAAGUUUUAAACCAUUAGAUAACUAUAUAGCAAUUUCACUUUACAUGCAGUAAUUUUAAAUGCCCAAAAAUAAAAGGAAAAGGAACAAUAACUCACUACACAACUUAUAUAUAGUAUAUAUUAUGUAUUUGUCUUUGACUUAUGUGUGUGUAUGUGUGUGUAUAUAUAUAGACAGCAUGUGCACACAUACAUACACAUGUGCAGGAACACACACAAUUUGAGGCGAAAUGUUGAAGUAAAGUAAAUGACUUUUAAAUAUUUUCUUUGUAGUUUUUAAGAUGUCUAUUAGAUCCAACCUCUACAAUUAAAUUAUAUGAGCAUACUGAGGAAAAAUUCCACACUUAUAAAGCUUCUCUUUAGUAGAGAUUUCAGAAUUUUUUUUCUCAAAUUUAGAGGAACGAACAAUUCACAUUAGUAAAACACACAGCAUUACUUUCAAUGAAACUAUAAUUUUUAUGUUUAUGAGAUUCCAUUAUAAUUACAUUGAAAAGAAUUAAAACCACUUUUGUAAUGUUUUUGCUUAUAUAUGAGUCACUUGUAUAGUAAAAGAGCCUUAAAAAUGUUAAUUCAAUUGACUGCAGAAUUGAUCCUGAAAAUCCAGUUCACUUAACCUUGGAAAUGAGACAUGAAGCAUAAAAUCUGAGGUCAGGAUGUGUGUCAGAACCGAAUAGAUUAUUUUCGUUCAGCUCAAGUGCUAUCUUUCAGGCAAAUAGACUCCUACAAUAUUCAGUAUCGGAGAUGUUUAAAACAAAUAUAAGAAAUAGAGUACUGUUUCAGAACUAACAAGUGAAGAGAUGUAUACAAAGUGUACUCUGAACUGGAAUAAGUGUAGGAAGACAAGCCAUGAGAAUGUGAGAGCUGAGUGUAUUGCUGUGUAUUCUUGUGUGUUUUGCUGUAUUUAAAAAAAAAUAAGAAAAAAUUGUCACAGAGUAAGAUACAUAGAAGAAAAUAAUUUCCGCAAUUCUUGGAACCUCAAAAGACCUGACACACUACAAUGAAGACUUCUGUUGUCAUCAUUCUCAGCUGUGAUGGUGGCGCCAACCUGGUUUCCAACUUAUACCUCCUGACAACUCGAUACAGAAAAUGAGUAUCAUUGUAAUUAAAGUUUAACAUUUUCUUCUAAGUGACUGAAUUUUUAAUAUAAAAUUAUCAUAAUAAAGUUUUUCCAUAGAUAUGUAAUUUUAAGUUCCAUAACAUUCUAAAAUAUACAUGAUUUCAAUUUUCUUAUAAGUCUGUGAAUCACUCAAGUUAGGAAGUGUUAGGUUUUUUAAGGAAAAACUUUGAUGCCCAGAAUAACUAACUUAUGCAAAACAAACAAACAACAACAACAAAAUAAAACACGUGAAGUAAAUGGUAGAAAUGAAAGAAGAAGAAGAAGAAGAAAAAAAAACAACACUGGGACAUUUUGCCCUUUAUCUUUUUACAUUAGACUGUCAAUAAAUGAUGGUUUGGUUUAAGAGGAAAAGAUAGCUGGAACUCUAAUAAUUGAACUUUCCAAUCUUAAUUAUGCUUUAGUUUCCUCACUAGGAUUAUGAAACUUCUUUAUGAUUCUUUUUUAAAAAUGACUUAAUCAGGAAGUGACAUUAAAUUCUGUUUCAAUGUAAUGAGAAAAAUAGAAAUAUUUAUAUUGUCAUUACAAGGACACUUCACCAGUAUGUCCUAAUCUAUUCUCUAUUACGUCUUUGAGGUAGGACAUCGUUGUAAGGAUGGACGAGAGCAUAAAAACACAGUAGACCGGAUUUUCUGAGGGUUACCUGCUUUGCAGAUUCAUAAACUUGUUAUUGAAUAGUUGGCACACAAGGGUAGGAGAAAAAUCCCAACAAGCACUCCACCUUUUCCAAAAAGAAAAAGAAAAAAAAGAAAGAAAAAGCUAAAUCUUAUGAAGCUAAACUAGCAACAAACAGGUCCACUGAAGUUGCCACGGGGGUAGUUCCAACCUAGUGCUGGGCUCGUGGAAGGCAGCAAGGUACCUGCAUCAAGCCAAGAUCCAUGAAGGUGCUCAUGUCAUCUGAGGACAGUUUCACCCUUACCUCCCAUAGAUUAUUUUAGACCGAAUAUGAAUUAGCAGUCAAAAAUGACCAAACACAGACGAUAACCCACCAUGAAGGAGGUGGUUCAUAGAAAUCUCCAAGAACUUCAGAUAAUUCAGGUAAUUAUCAGAAACAUGACAAGAAAAAUGUAGAAUAUAGAAUACAACACAAGGAAUAAUGAAAAGAUGAUCUAUGAUGGUGUAUACUUGCAAAAUAACCAAACAGUAUAUUUAAGGUUUAAAUAUAUCUUUGAAGCUAGAAGUACUAGGGAGAGUGUGUAUACUAUAUUAGACACUGUGCAAGAAGGAACUUGUGAAGCUAAAAAAUAGAAUGCAAUACAUUAGCUAGUCUGCCACAUAGAGAAAAAAAGAUAACCUGCCAGAACAUAAGGGACAAGGAUAAAAUACAGAGUUUAACAUGCUUAUAACCAGUGUGAUCCUUGUUAAUCAGAAUUCUAGAAUGUUCCACUGCCUUAUGUGACACCACCACUGCCCCCACUUUUUUUUUUUUUUUUUAGACAAGGUCUCAUUAUGUUUCCCAGGCUGGCUUUUAACUCCUGACCUCAAGUUAUCCUCCUGCCUCUGCCUCCCUAAAUGCUGGAAUUACAGGUGUGAGUCACCAUGCCAGGUGUUUCCCAUUUUUUAAUCGUAGCUUAACUUCACCUGAAGCCUCCUAUGCCACUAUCUUUAUAGGAAGCUUUACCGACGUUGUACGACUUGGUUUAAUUUAUUCAGCUUAAUGGUCCAUUUAACCAAUAUUGUUAUAAAUUCAUGAAGCUUCAAUUCUAGCAAAAAUAAAUUAUGUACAUUCACCAAAAUGUGUGGCACACCUAUGCAAAGUGAUCAGGAUGCCCAAACAAUUUUAAUUACAAUCAGAUAAUUAAA